AUGAUUCAAGGAUUCGAGCCAAGUUUUAACGAGCCGACGGGAAAAAUGAUACAAACGUUUGUCAUUGGAAUUUUGCUGCCGUUUCUUCUCGUUUUUGGAUCAAUCGGGUGCUCUGCGUCGCAAAAGGCCAAAAGCAAAGAGAGAAAUGAAUCGAAAUCAAAGCGCGAGGUCGCUGUGCCCAAGACAGGGGAAAUCGUUGAGCACCUGGAAAAACGAAAGGAAUUAAAAUUCACAAUGGAGAUCUCUGUGCCCAAACCGGUCGCCAAUGAAGUACACGUCGAAAAGUCAAAGGAGUCCAAGUCUACGAAGGAGGUCUCUUUACCCAAACCGGUCGACAAUGAAGUGAAGCCAAAGGAGCCAGCUACAGAUGAAAGUGUGACCACAAACACCACAACCGGUUCGUGUACAGCAACGAGUGUGGUCGAGAAUCGGCGAUUGUGGCGCCUGCAAAAUCGAGAAGGACUGCCUGAUAAGUCGCCGAUCUAUAACCAAAAGCUGAAAGAAAUCCCACUUCGUGAAGCGGCUGUUUACCGAGGAAAUAUCGACGAAAAGUUAGAGAGCGAAAACGAUGAAUGGAUUCAAGAGAUCGAGGCAAUUGACACAAACUUUCAGCCGACAGACACCGAGCUUUUCGACAGGGAAAUCGAUCCGAAUCUCCGUGCCAAAGUCAAUGAUAAAAACUGUGAGCUCUGGGAAACGCGAAUGCAGCAAGAAGUCGAG